AUGGACGUCGAUGACGACGGCGAUGACGAGGAGCAUCAAAAGGGCGACGAGGACAACGAUGAUGCUGGUGAUGAGGAGGACGGCGGCGGCAGCGGUGGCGAGGACGAUGACGACGACGGCGGCGAGGACGACGACGGCGGCGAGGACGACGACGGCGGCGAGGACGACGACGGCCAUGACAGCACCAGACAGAACGACAGAGAGAGCGAAGAGAACGACAAAGAGAACGAUCACGAUCAGGGCGGGGCUGUGAGUGACGAGUCGAUGGUGCCUGCACCAACCUUCGCUGAAUUGGGCAUCUACGCGUGGAGCCUGGAAUACAGGGUUUCGCAGGAAGCCUGCUGCGCCUUGAUUGAGGCGUUACAGAGCGAAUGCUUUGACGCCACCAAACUACCGAAGUCGUUUUCAACGCUGGAAACGCGGGUCAAGGCGCAUUUGUGCAUGUGCGUCAUACGGCGCCACGUCGUCCCGCGGAAAGCGUCGAAGACGACGAUUGCCAAGACCGGUUCGAAGGCGAAUCGCACCACAACAUCGGCGUACACCUUAGGCUUGAAGGAACAGAUCGAGCUUCGAAUUCUGGGAAAACCCGCCCUACUCGGGAGCGGCCUCGGCGACUUCGCAAAAGUGCGGACGAACCUAUGGGAGGGCGACGUCUGGCGCGAAAGCGUGGUGGCAGGUCGCGCGGCCUACCCUAUGGAGACAACAAACGGUGAGUGGUCGAGGAUGGCGCGACGAGGAAGAACAACAUCGGGUGCCGGAAGCGCGUGA